AUGGUCCGAAACAAUCCAUCCAGAAUGCUUUCCAUCAAAGCAUCGCUGAUCAUCUUGGUGGUCGUCCAAUUCAUCUUCUCGGUUCCCUUGGCUGCAGGAAAAAACGGAACUCUUGCCGAAGAUAUCGCUGAGAAAUUGAUCAACUAUCUACCAAGCCAGGAGAACAUUUCUAACAUCGCUGCUCAGAAGUUGGAAAACAACAACAACAACGACACUUUCGAAACUGAUGAAGGAAUGGAAGCCGAAGGCGAAUGGGUGCAUGAUGCGCCUCCAGAAGAAAUUGAGGAGGCCAAACAUCUCCUCGACCCCGUCCACGUGGAUUUCCAGCACACCUAUCAACCACUCGCCAUUGUUUUCUUGAUCCUUUUGGUUACUAUUGCCAAGCCGACUCUCCACUGGCCAGUCCUUCGCAAGCUCCCGGAAUCCGUCGUCCUUAUGAUGUAUGGCGUCUUCAUGGCUUCUGCUGUCAAGUUCGGACUCAAAAUCGAUCCAGGACAAUUGAACACCUUUAUGUUCUUCAUGGUUCUCCUCCCGGCUAUUGUCAAUGACGCUGGACUUUCUAUGCAGAAGAAGGAAUUCUUUUUCGCCCUUCCCAAGAUUCUCCUCUUUGCCGUUGUUGGAACCGUUGUCACCGCUCUCCUAUUGGCUUUCACCAUGUGGGCUAUCGAAGGAGUGUUCGAGUUCAAACCAGGAUUCUUGCAUCUCUUUGUCUUUGCCACUUUGAUCAGUGCUGUUGAUCCGGUAUCCGUUUUGAGCACUUUCGCUGAGCUCGACGUCAAGAAGAGUCUUUUUAUUCUGGUAUUCGGAGAAUCUUUGUGCAAUGACGCUGUUACUAUCGUCCUCUAUCGUACCUCGAUCAACGUCAUCAAGACAUCGGACGCCACCGACGAAUCCCUGACUAUUCUCGCGGUCGUUGGAAGCUGUCUCUUCCAGUUCUUCAUUGUUUGUGGAGCAGGUAUCCUGUGUGGAAUGUUCGUAGGAUUCCUUGGAGUCUUCAUCAUGAAGAAUAUGGUCGGGCAUCAGAUGAAUCAGCCAAUCUUCCAACUCUUCUGUCCAUACCUUGCCUACUUGUUGGCUGAAACUGGUCACUACUCUGGAAUCCUGGCUUCAAUUGUUUGUGCUGCAAUUAUGUCUUACUACAUGGCUGCCAACAUGUGUGUCGAGAUGGAGUUUGCUGCAUUCACCUUCUCAAAGACUGGCUCUUCUCUCUCCGAAUCGUGCAUUUUCUUCUAUCUGGGAGUCUCUCUUGUCUCUUACAACCACGAGUUCGACUACUUCUUUAUUGGAGUGACUGUUUUGUGCUGCACCCUGUACCGCUUUAUUGUGACUUGUGCUUUGUCAGCCUUCUACAACAUGUUCGCUUCCAAGGAAACUCGAAUCCCAUUUGCCGAUCAACUAGUUGUCACUCACGCCGGUAUCCGUGGAGCUGUUUGUUUCGGUCUUGUCCAAAUUAUCGAUGAGAGAAUCAUCCCAGCCAAGCCAUACUUUGUCACUACCACUCUCGCUAUGAUUUUCAUCACUUCCAUCCUCCAAGGUUGCACCAUCAAAUUCGUCAUGAAGUGCCUCAAGAUUCCUGGAGAUGAUGGGCUGAAGCAGAAAGACACGAAGGCUCUUAAAUGGUUCUAUGAAUUCAACGACAAGUACAUCAAGAAAUGGCUCACUUCCGAGAAUACCUACCUUCCAACCGAUGAGACAUUCCGCACACUUGGACUUCCAAAGGCUGUCAGCACUGCUCUUCGUAUUGGUGAACGCAGUCACACUGAUCUGUAUGUUCAAAAUAGUCUCGUUUCAAGAUUCACUUUUCUAAUUUCCAGUACUCGUCACGGAGAAGUCUCCCACACUCCUGCCCCAUCUAUCGGCCGUCCAACUAUUGCUCCAUUCGUUGACUUCUCAAGCAUCGAUGAUGACCGUGACCAACGCUCCACCGGAAGACGUACUCCACAUCGUGCUGUUACUCGCUACUCUCGCCAUUUCAUCUAUGCCUUGCCAAACGAGACAGCUGAUAACUACUUGACUUGCCCAGUCAGCGGAUCCAAGCGUCCAACUUUUGAUCCAAAUCAACUGUACCACAACCAGAACACCAUCAGCAACCCUGGAGACCUUGAGAGAGCUCGCAGCUACAACCGCCGUCACAACUCGAUGAGUGGAGCCGACAGCGUCGAGUUGAAGAAUUUGAACCAGAAAGAGCCAAUCGCCAAAAAACUCUCCCGGACCAUCACCAGUGGAACCAAGCAGUUUGUCAUCAACCCGGAGGAGGCUAUCCGUGAGGAAUCGCCAGCCGCCAUCCCAAAGAAGAGGGCCACAUUCGAGGAUGACGAAAUCUCCAAAAUCGAUGAAAGCGAGUAG